AUGUCUACAAUGUUAGACAGAUACAAAGGUGUGCAGAAAAUAUUGAGAGAGCUCAUUGUCGUGUUUGGAGUUCCUGUGAAUUUACCGGCGAUUGUGACCCUGUCAGGGGGAAAGUGCGGCCUCUCUCCCUGCACCACCCGCUACCUGGUGACCAUGGCGACAGCAGAUCUACUGACCGUAGUCAUAGAGGUCCUUGUGCGUCAAGUCAUAAAACAUUACUUUCUGUGGAAUUUUCUGAGAAUUACCGCUGUGUGCAGAGUUGUCGAGGUACUGAGGUUCACAGCCACAUACUGCUCUGUCUGGUUCACCGUCAUGUUCACUUUCGAUCGGUUUGUCGGCAUCUGCUGUCAGAAGCUGAGAACAAAAUAUUGCACCGGGAAGACUGCGUCUGUGGUUCUCACAACAACCGGCGUGCUGUCCUUUCUGAAAAUCGUUCCCCGUUACUUUCUCUGGGAACCCAGAGAGAUAAUCGACAAUGUACCGUGGUGCUGUAAGCUCACGGACAAUACUUUCACUGAUACCGGAUGGGUAGUAUACGAUUGGCUCGAUAUAGUUUUAAAUCCGUUCAUCCCUUUCGCUGGGAUCCUGCAGCUCAACGCUCUGACAGUCAGACACAUUUUAGUGGCGAGUCGGGUCCGUAAGGGGUUGAGGGGUCAGAGCAAGUCGGAGAACCGCGGUGACCCGGAGACAGAGAGCAGGAGGAGGUCUGUAGUUUUACUCUUCACCUUCUCCGGCAGCUUCAUCCCCCUGUGGAUGACCCACGUUGUAAAUUUCAUGUAUUAUGAGAUGAAAGGAAUUGGAUUCGAUUUCAACGAUUCUGAAUGGAUUUUUCACCUCGUCGGAGAUUUGCUGAAGAAUUUCAGCUACUGGACGCACACAUUUAUUUGCCGUGACUCAAUCAAAAUUCAGAGAGCAGGUGAUCAGCGCGUUAAAAUGUCCGUUCACCUUGUUGCUACAGUUCCUUAA